AUGAACACACAAUUUUCAGUAGCCGGACUUGCCGCUGGAAAAGAGAGUAACGGCAACUCGAAGGCCAACAGUAAAAUGACGUCGCCAAGGUCCGAUGACCCACUCAUAGAUAUGACUACGCAGACAAUUAUAGAGGGAUGCCUUGACGACGAUACUAGACUAAUGUUCCCCACCAAACUGGAGACUACUGAAAAUGGUAAGAUAAAAAGAAAUUCAUUUGCAUGCGUAUGUUGUCAUUCUUUGAAGCAGAAAUGUGUGCCUUCCGAUGCUAAUGAUAUCUAUAGGAAACCAUGCCAAAGAUGUCUAAAACAUAAGAAAGUUUGCAAAUUCGACCUUGCUAAAAGGACUAGGAAGAGAAAACACAGGUCGAGAUCCUCUGCAUCUCUCGAAUCGCCGAUACAGAAUGUCUCUACAAAAGGCGAAUUUCCCGCUGAUUUUAAGGAAUCGAGCUUAAAGAAUAACGCAUCCUUUCCCAUCGCUUUCCCUCCCGAUCCGAAUACGAAACAGGUUCCGAACUCUCGUACAGUUUUACCUGGACUUCAGCAAAGUUUGUCUGAUCUCUGGUCAACGCUAAGCCAGCCACCUUCGGAAAGAGUAAGGGACACCGAACCAACACCUAGUGAGGACAGAAUUGUCAAUAAAUCUACGCAAGCUAACAGUGAAAACUCUGUAUCGACAAAUAUAUCCUUAUUGGCAUCCACUGAUGAGCGUACAAAGAAUGGCGGUGCUCCGGUAAUAUACAGCUCUUAUAACUCGCCAAUACCGAUGCCUUCUAUCCCCACCAGUACUAAUAGCGAAGCAUCUUUCAAGCGUAGACCAAGUGUUGUGGGAAAUAAGGAAACCUGCAAUGGCAAAAUGAAAAGAAAAAAGAAUUCAUAUUCCAAACACAUGACACGAUCAUUUAGGAAGCAGCUACAAUCACUAAUUAUAUCUCAAAAGGGUAAGAUUAGAGACAUUUCAAUGAAGUUGGAUACGUGGUCGAAGCAAUGGAACGAUCUCGUUGAAAGGAGCAUGUUUUUACCGACAAUAUCGGAUCCCGUAUCCGUAGGAAUCAUAUCUCAUGAAGAAGCCACCUUGAGGCUGCAUCUUUACAAGACAAAAAUUUCAUAUCUGUCAAAAUUACCGUUUAUAAAAGUCGAGGAAAAAGUCAGCGUCGAUGAGCUGAGAAAAAGGAAACCAAUAUUAUUUUCUGUCAUCAUGUCUUGUGUUUCCAUCGUAUUAGCUCCCAAACAAACAACCAGAGGAACGAUAAUGAAGCUUGAUAGUUUUGUAUUAAACUUAAUCACAAAUCAGAUUUUCAAGGCCAACAACAAAUCCAUUGAAAUAAUUGAAUCACUAUCUACAUUGUGUCUAUGGUACAAUUUCUUUGAAUGGUCCAGCAAGACAAGAUACCAUAUAUUCAAUUACAUUUGUUGCUGCUUAACAAGGGAUUUGGGGCCUACUUAUGUCAAUAGAUCCUUUGGCAUGUUUAGUGAUGAGGAUCCCGAUAGGUUCAAAUCACCUUUGGAACUCUACAGCAGCGGUUCCAGAUUAAUCUUAUUGGUGUAUGUUUCGGCACUAAACAUUUCAAUUUUUCUACGUCAGUCGAUACAGGCUCGCUGGAGUCACGUCACUGAAAAGGCGUGCCAGGAUUUGAUCAAGGAAAAAAAGGAAUCAAACCAGAAUGACAAUGAUAAGUCAUUACUUGAUAUAACUGAUGAUCCUAUCCUAGUACAAUUUGCUAAAAUGAACCAUGUCCUAGAAAACAUCCAUACUCACUUACACGAACGAGAUUUCAAUGAAGAUGAAUUUGAUGAUUGUGAUUUUACGAGGAACUAUAUCAGCAAACUGAUUGAAAAAUACCAUAGACAGUUAAAAGAAAUUUUUAUUAAUCUCGAUAGAAAUAGGCCAAGAGUAAUUGCAUUUUAUUAUUCUGUGGAGGCUUACCUAUAUCAAUAUAAACUUGCGGUAUUUAUUGGAGAAAAGUCCCAUGCCUUAAAUGAAAAAAUUGAAUUACCCAAAGAAAUAACGGAAGAUUUUGUUAAGUGCUAUCAGUGCUGCAAAUGUGCCCUCGAGGAAUUUUCAAAAUUAGAGCCAAUUUUAAUAACCUCUCUGCCUUUAUUCCAUACGUCUAGGAUCAUUUACACUGUAGGUAUGCUUUUGUUAAAAUUAAGGUACUCUGUUGUUGCCAUUCCUUCCUUUCAUGAUCUGAUGCCAUUGACAGAUGAUGCCAUUGCCUUGGUGAUAGGGGUGAACAAUCUUUUGGAAAAGACAUCCGAAUUAUACCCGUUCAACAAUUCUCUUUACAAAUUUAGGUAUGUUAUCGCAUUAUUUUGUCAGACAUAUGCAAACAAAGUUAUCAAUGUCGCUGAUCGCUACAAUGCAAAAAGAGAAGAACAAACGCAAAGGCAAACUGUAGAUGAAACGUGCCAUGAUGACAAGGACGUGCGACCAACAGAUACGUAUGAAACGGAACCACAAAACAUGGAGAAAGAACAGGAUCCUAUCGUCGAAAAUAAUACCCGCCAAAGUGUAUCUACUGUUCCAGAUGAGAUGUUACCAGUAUAUUCAAGAGUUCGUGACGAUACUGCUGCCAUGAGCCUGAGUAUCAAUAGCACUUCCUACUUUAAUGGGUCCUUACGCCAACCUCAAGAGAGCCUGGCAGGAUCAACGCUAUUGCCCCCACCAUUCAUUUCGAAUACUAACAUUUCCAAUAACACUGACAUAAGUAAUAUAAAGCCAUCACCCAGUUCGUCGGUUGAUAAUUUGAACGAUUAUCUGACCGAUAUUAAUUCCUUAGCAUGGGGUGUGAACUCACUAAAUGACGAGUUUUGGACAGAUCUUUUCAUGAAUGACAAUUAA